AUCCUGCAUACUAUACGUGAUCAUCUAUAUCGGCCGGGUGAUACAGCCCUCCGCGCUUACUUUGGACAGUUGCUCGGCAGAAAGGAUUCCUACGCGCUUGGGGGGACACCUUAUGACGUUUGAAUACAUCCCUUAGAGAUUAGGUAUGGGUCACGCGACGUUGUUGCUGGCCCUAGCGGCACUUCUGGGCACCUGGGAUGUGGCAUUCGCGACUUUCAGCCUCCAGGAGGCAGGAGUACGCGUCGUGAUCCCGUCAGAUCCCAACCGUCCCGCUAUGAGAAUGACGAUGGCGGACUUCGGCAGGCCUCGAUAUGGUGGAAAGCUCAUAGGCAACCUCAUCUACCCAUCUUCACAGCCUCUUGGGAACCAGCCGACCUACCAAUGCCUGCCUGAGGACUGCCAAUAUGGCUGUACAAGCUUCAACUUCAGCAAGCCCCGCCUCCACAUCCAACGCCAGCCCGGCGUCUACAACAUCAUGCUGCUCGACCGCGGUCCGCGCGGUGAGGGCCACGAGUCCUGCUACUUCUUGGAUAAGGUGUUCAAUGCGCAGGAGGCGGGAGCAGAUGCGGUCCUCAUCGCCAACGACGAGCCCGGCGAGCUGUCCACCGCGGUGGCGCCCGAGGACGACCCCAUCACGGAUAGGGAGCUGUCCUCGCUCUCCAUCUCCGCUGCCAUGAUCAGCCUGGAGGACGGGCGGGUGCUGAAGGCGCUGCUGGGGGCGGCUGCUGCGGCUGCCGCGGGGGGGGGAGGUGUUGGAGGCGGUGUCACGCUGCUUCUGAACUGGACGGCAGCACUGCCACAACAAGGGGCGGUGUCUUGGGAGUUCUGGUCGGACACCAACUUCGACUGCGGUUUCAGCUGCACCGAGCAACGCGCCUUCCUGAAGGACAUGGCCAAAUGGGCCAAGCAGCUCCAGACCUCCUACCCGGUGUCCUUCGCCCCCCACUACCUGCUUUGGAGCUGUCCGGCGGGCUCGGAGAACACCACAGAGUGCAAGUCCGAGUGUAUCGCGGGUGGGCGGUACUGCAUCCCCGACCCGGAUGGCAACUACCAGGAGGGCUACUCGGGGCGGGAUGUGCUGAUGAUGAACGUCCGCUCGCUGUGCUUCUACAAGCAAGUCUCCUCCUCCGCCUCCACCUCCCCAGCAGCAGCUAGUGCCGUGUGGUGGGACUACAUCAGUCGCUUCGCCGCCGCCUGCUUGCAGUCGCAGAAGAGCUACGACGCGGCAUGCGCAACAAAGGUUGUAUCCGGACUGGUGUCGGAGGGUCUGCUGGCGGCGGGCCAGUGGGACAUGGCGGCGUGGGAGCAGUGCUCGCAGCAGGUGGCGGGGGAGGCAGCAGCGGCCGGCAGCACCGCCAGUGUACCCAUACUGGAGGAGGAGCUGGCAGCUCAGCGGGGCAACAACGACACCGGCGUCAACGCCGUCACCAUACUGCCAACGAUCCGUAUCAACGGCGGCCAGUACCGCGGCUCCCUCAACGCCUCCUACGUCCUCCGCGCCCUGUGUGCCGGCUUCCCCGCCGGGCAGGAGCCGCAGCUGUGCAACGGAGCGACCGUGAGCGAGGACGAGUGCGCGGAGGGAGGCGAGGGGUACAGGGCGUGCAUGGCAGGCUCCCUGGGUAACAAGACGCGGUGUGUGAACACCUUCCAGGGCUGGAGCUGCGAGUGCCGGCAGGGCAUGGUGAAGGCCACCAACCCCCUGACGGGCGAGGAGAGCUGUGAGGACGUGAACGAGUGUACGGCAAGCCUGAUGCCUGCCAUGAUGUACGACUGCAACUGCCCCCGCUGCGCAUGCAUCAACACGCUGGGGGGCUUCAGGUGUUCCGGCUGGCUGAACAACGUGUGCAACGAGGCGGGCGGGUGGGGCGGCUGCUGGCACACCACCCUGGAGUCGGGGGAGACCUUCCAUGCCUGCCAGGACAACGUGCACGAGUACAUCCAGCAGGCUGCCCGGGGGCGGUUGGACAACGACACGAAGUGGUACACUUGCGAGUGCCCCCCCUGCUUCCGCCGCUCCGCCAGCUCACCCCCGGGGGGCAGCCAGCUGGUGUGUGAGCCCGCCUGCGCCGACAUGGCCGCAUGCGACCGGGCAACUGGGUUCUGCAGGUCCUCUGGCAGCAGCAGCGGAGCGGGAGGAGGAGGAGGAGCUAACACCAACAGCAACAGCGGCGGCAGUGCUGACGGCUCUAAACGCGGCGGGGUGAGUGUCGGCUUCCUGCUGCUGGUCGCCGUCGCCUCCGCCGGGCUGACGGGCGCAGUGGUGCUGGCGGCUCAGCGGCUGGUGGUGCGGCAGCGCAUGGGCGAGGAGAUACGAGACAUCAUGGCGCAGUACAUGCCGCUGCAGACGGAGCAUAACCAGCGGCUGCUUCCCCGCCCCCACGGGGGAGCCGGAGGGGCAGCACCGGGUGGCUUCAGUGGCAUCCGCCCGGACGAGGACUCCGACGAGGACAACGGCACCUCCGGCGUUGGCGCCUACGGAUGGCCUGCCGCUGCCACCAGCAAGCCUGCUGCGGUGGCGGCGGCACCACCGCUACCGCUGCCCGCUGCAGCACCUGCCUCUAUCGGUCUAGGACCGCUGUCAUCGUCGUCGUCUUCCGGGCCGUCUUUGGCAGGGGCGGCGGCGGCGUCAGGGGGACAGCGUGCUGUGGUAUGGGGACCUCCGCCUGCUUCUGCUUCACUCUUGGCGGAUGGCGGUGCUAAGCCGGCGGCAGGCAGUAGCAGCGCAGGAGGCAAGGCGGCGAACGCAACGCAGGCGGGUGCAGCAGCAGCAGCGACGUCGCGUCCCGCUGUGGAUGUGUUCACGAUUGGAGGGCCCGAGGAGGAGGCGGGCGACCCGCUGCAGGCGUCACAACAGCAGCAGCAGCAACAACAAAGGUCCGGGGGGGCUGGUGGUGGUGGUGGGGAUCCACUACUGGGGCUUUGAGGUAGGGGCUGGGAAGGAUGAAACCCGAGUGCAGAUGUGGGGGGGGGGGGGCAAAGUGUACACGAGUGGGCCUACCUUGAAGUACGGCAGCGGGCGUCCCAAUGUAAGGUUGCUGUUGUGCAGGGCAGCUAUAGACGAUGAUGUGUGAGGGAUGAAUGGUGUGGGAUGUUCAUACGCCUUCAUGCGCUUGAAGGCAGUUAGCGCGGGGCGAGCCAUCCCUCGCGCGAUGCAUGUGCGCCAUGAUCAUGUCAGCAGGGAACUAGCGGAUGUUGCUGUAGGGAGCAUGUGAGCAGGGACGAACAGGGUGGCGAG